GACGCAGUGUUGGGCGAUAAUGUUUGUUUUUUUUUCUUUCCUAAGCAUAGAUGAUAAUACUUGAAUGUUUAAUUAAUAUCCUUAACAGUGUUUAUAUAGAUCUAGUUCUCUUUGCACCACAAGAUUCGGUUCUGUUUUUAAGCCUUCCUGUAACAAGCGCUAUCUUUACAGUUUUCUCUAAUAAGUCCAUUGGAUCCUUGGCGUCUAAAACUUCCUUACGACAGGAGAAUAAUAACCGAAUUGUUCCUGAGGGCCCUGGUCCAGCAGUUGGUGUAGAAAUCGCAAGUCCUCCAGGGACAAUGCUGAUAGGCUACUUGGGUUAUGGAAGUAACUGGCAGAAGAGCAAGGAAUCACACAGCAUCUUUUACAAUGCAGUGAACCUCAUGGCUCAGUGCAGUGUCCAUAUGCUUCUCCUUUUACUCUUCAGAAUCCUGCAGACGUCAGCUGAAGAUAAGGAAGUGCUUAGAGGGUUACAUUCCCCUCUAAAAUGUGUCUGCAGCUCCUGUGGGCUGCAGGAACGGUGCAUGGGCCAGCGCUGCUUCUCCUCGGUGGCUGUGAGCGGGGACACCCCUGUGUUCCAGAGGGGCUGUCUGGAAGGACAUGAGAAAGGCCGCAUGACGUGUCAGACUCCACACUCUGCCAGUCAGGUGGUUGAGUGCUGCUCGUCGAACCUGUGCAACUUGAAUGUCAGCGCUGAAAUGUUGCUGCCUUUGUUGCGCACAGUGCCAGAGGGGGAGCCAAUCCAGUACGGCGUGGACGUGCUGAUCAUAUUUGUGGUUGGCCCGUUCGUGGUGCUGCUCCUUCUCUCUCUGUUGGCCGUGCUGGUGUGCCGGCGGCUGCACCACAGCCGGCUCCAGAGGCUCCACGAGCUGGAUGCAGAGCAGGGCGCCAUUGAUGGGCUGAUUGCCUCUAACGUGGGUGACAGCACGUUAGCGGAUUUGCUGGAUCAUUCAUGCACAUCGGGCAGCGGUUCUGGUUUGCCAUUCCUGGUACAGAGAACAGUGGCUCGACAGAUAACACUGGUGGAAUGUGUUGGCAAGGGGCGUUAUGGAGAGGUUUGGCGAGGACAGUGGCAGGGCGAGAAUGUGGCAGUGAAAAUCUUCUCUUCCAGAGAUGAGAAAUCUUGGUUUCGGGAGACCGAGAUCUACAACACAGUUCUUUUGAGACAUGAAAACAUACUAGGAUUCAUGGCAUCAGACAUGACGUCGAGGAACUCGAGCACGCAGCUGUGGCUCAUCACGCACUACCACGAGAACGGCUCGCUGUACGACUACCUCCAGCGUGUUGCUGUGGAGACGGUGGACGGGCUGCUCAUGGCCACCUCCGUGGUGAGCGGUCUGGUGCAUCUGCACACCGAGAUCUUCGGCACAGAGGGCAAGCCGGCCAUUGCUCACCGUGACCUAAAGAGCAAGAACAUCCUGGUGAAGAAGGACCUGCGCUGCUGUAUCGCAGACUUGGGGCUGGCGGUGACGCACUCUCAGACUGACAAUCAGCUGGACAUAGGCAAUAACCCAAAAGUGGGUACAAAGAGGUACAUGGCCCCUGAGGUUCUGGAUGAGUCCAUCCAGACUGACUGCUUUGAUGCGUACAAGCGUGUUGACAUCUGGGCCUUUGGAUUGGUACUUUGGGAGAUUGCCCGGAGGACUUACAGCAAUGGUAUUGUUGAGGAAUACAAGCCACCCUUUUAUGAUCUUGUGCCAAAUGACCCCAGCUUUGAGGACAUGCGCAAAGUUGUAUGUGUAGAGCAUCAGAGGCCCUUCAUUCCUAAUAGAUGGUUCUCUGAUCCAACCCUGUCGGCACUGGCAAAGCUAAUGAAGGAGUGCUGGUAUCAGAACCCCUCGGCAAGGCUCACAGCUCUGCGCAUCAAAAAGACUCUGGACAAAAUCCACAGCUCCCUGGAGAAGGGCAAAGCGGACUGCUGAAAGGGAGGCCCUGUGUGACAGGCCAACGGUCCUUCCAGGCAGGACAUAGCUUGUAUCAAGGAAACCCAGGGUGGCAGGGUGUCGCCCACAACUGACACGCAUCUAAACACUAAACGCUUUGAAGAAGAGUCAAAAGGGCAGUUUUAUUUCUUGGUAUAGUCAACUUUUUGUUUUGCUAUCCAUUUUAUUAGUCACGGGUACAUUAACUCUGGCUUGUCCCAACCAACAAGGCGCAUGUGCGUUAUUCAACAAAGCAAGUGUCCCUAGGCAAGGGAGGGCAGCUGUUGAUGUUUGUGUAAAAGCACCCUGCAGGCACCCAAACUCCCUUAGACCCAGGGAUCUGAUGCAGAAGAAGUGACAUCAUGGUAUUGAGCUCUGCAGCUCCUAAGAAACAUUUUUGAAAGUCCUAAAUUGGUGGAGUCUGGGUGUUAUGUCGUCUGCAUGUAUUUUCGAAGUAGCCUGUAAAAAUACAGGUCUGUUUAGAACAUUGAUUACUCUCACUAUGGUAAGGAGCCAUCUGAUGGAGACUGUUAUGGUUGCACUUUUAAAGGAGGGGUGCCCAAAACGUUUGGUUAUCAGUCAUGGAGUAACACUUGGAUGGAGGAGCAGGACUGAGGGGUGUAUCAUUUAAUAAUAUACUUAGGCUUGCUGCUAUUCGAUUUUAAAUUCAUAAACACUGAAUUUUAGACAAAUGCUGUUUCAAAAUACAGUAGGGUCUUGACAUUCAUGAAGAUUUGGCAGAAAAUACAUAUAUGUAUACAUGCAAAUAUGUAUACUAUGUAUGGUUAAAAUACAUAAGUAACCCUUAUGUCCUUUACAUGAAAGUUAAAAUACUAAUACAUUGGUUUUAAGGUAAUUUAAAUAACGCUGAUCAACAAAAAAAACACAAUAGUAAUAACAAACAUAUAGUAACUGAAAUAAAUUACAUGAAUUCCUCUUUCUCUCUCUGCCUCCGUCAUUAGCACACCCCGCUGUAAUGAAACGGGCAAUAAAAUUCCAGGCUCUCUGACAAAGUUGUCUCCAGCCUGUCAUUCCCCACAACACCACCACAGAACCAGGAGUGUUCGUUACAGUGAAAGACCGCUGUGAAAGACCAGCGGACGCUGGGUAGUGGGUACUUGGGCAGGGGACAGGUGGUGCUCCUGCACUGGCAAGAUUCGUCUCCCGAUCCUAAUCUGUUGAGCAAUUCAUUGGAAAUGUGCGGUUACCAGCCUUCAACUGGGCUACAUCCCGCACUGAUCUUCUUUUCAUCCAAAACCCUAUCAGCUAGACCGAACUGCAAAUAAGCAGAAGUUAAAUUUGCAAAUGUAAUUUAACACUGAAAAAUGCUGGUAAAACCACAUAAUGUAUAUUAAUUCCCCCCUCAAAAAAUAGAGAAUUAUUCAGUUUAUUUUUUUAUUAUUUAUAAUGUUUGUUUUGUUUGUCCUCUACACUGAAUGACUUAGUCUUACUGUCUUGACGGUUUGUUUAGUGACAUGGUGCUGCAGUGCUUUCAAAGUGCCUUGAAACGAGUUGAAGAAUAUGUAGGUGGAGACAACUCUUGGGCUCGGACUCCAGUUAGACAAGUUGUAAUGUCCAUGUUGUGAAACAAUGUUCAGGUCAUGAAGGUAUUUCACUAAUGGUUGCAUACAAUGCUUGUUUUACAAAGCAGGCUGAAAAAAUGUUUUUAAGAAAACUAGUGACGGAGUACUAAAGCUACAGUAGUCAAGAUGGCAAUCACUUGCUGUUCCUUGUGAAAAAAACUCUGGGCAUCAAAGCCAGAUAAAGAUUGUCAUUUAAUGUAAAUGUAAUUCUCACAGUAUAAGACAGCCAGGAAGUUAACUGUAGGUUAAGCUGCUAAAUUCAAGUCCCUGUCAUCCAUAAGAUGCACCUGCGGCAACCUUGUUUUUAAUUUAUGAGCAAGGUCUUCCAUCAGUGUGGAGACGUGUUUUGACAAGAUGCAGCUGUGCAAAGCAGAAAUCAUCACACUUGACACACCUGCUUACUUCUGCCAUGCUCUUGUCCCAUACUGCCUUCUGUUGUCUCGGGCUGUACUGGGACUGAAGGAGAAGCAGGAAGCUGUGAAUCAACCAGGAAAAUUUCUUUCAAGAUGCACUUGCAACAAUGCAACACAUUGUUAUAUGCCUUUUGAGAGAUUUAUUUUAGAGCAUGAAAGUUACAAAGAAAAGGAAGCCAUUCAGCUCAUUUAGCCUUUUUGGUUAUUUGUAUCUUUGAGUCUUUGCUGUGCCCAAAAUUAUUUAAAUGUGCAGUAUUUUAAUUUGCCUUGGGGGGGGGGGAAGAAAAGCAUAAGCUAAACAAUUUGAUGCUAGAAUAGUCAUGUUUAAUUAGCUGUAGUUGAUAAUUAGUUUUAUUGCAUGUUGUGUGUAUAUUUAAAAUGUAGAAUGAAAGAUUUCUGUUGAGUAGAAAUAUUAUUUUAGCAGUUAUUCCAAUAUAGAAAUGAAAACGUUUUCUUUUCCAAUUCAAGCCAAGUGAAAUUGACCUGAAUUAUUAAUUUGAAAAUAUCAAUUUCACUUACCUGAAUUGGAAAAUAGUGCUCAGAAAACAGCAGUUAAUUCUUUAAAAAUGGCUGUUCAUUUGGAAGGAAACAAUCAAAUAGUACCAAGCCUAGAUAUACCACUACUGAUAGAUUUUGUUGGCAUUGUCUCCAACCAGUGAAAGGUCAUCUAGGAAGAGACAGGGCGAGUUCAAAUAGUAAGGCUUUUAUAUUCAAACAUGCCAACACAGCACAUACAGACAUUUUUAUAGGUUUCAUGAUAUCACAUACAAGAGUUAGCUACAGUAUAUGUUCAGCCCCACAAUAAUACAUUUGCUUUGUGCAGGUUUGGAGUGGAAAGCUACUAAGAGAUACACAGGUAUUCCUGUGUUUUGUGCACAGUGGCCUUGGGGGCAGCUGCAGUUGGGUAACAUCCUCAUUCAGAACCUUCUGGUCAGUAGUUUCACAAGAAAUAUGCUAGUUGAACUAGGGCAGUGGGAAAUCACAGCUUAUACUCAGAGACAAGAGUACACUGUAAAACACUCAUUUUUAAUGCUUCUUCAACCAGCAGAACAAAUAGUGAGCACAUUGCGCUGGGAAAACUUAAAAGCUAUCCAACAAGAAGCUCAAUCAACUUGUGUAUAUAUUUCUGCUGUCCACUGCAACCCUCGACUGAAAGUGUAUCCAAGCAUCAGCAUGCGUUUGUGUUAUCUUGACAGUGACAAUGAGUUGAACAUUCUAGUGAUGCCAAAUGUUUCUAAGCCUUAACUUUGCUUGUAAGUAACAAACUCUUCUAAUUAUUGAGGAGGGAAGCAAACUAGCACAUUGCCAGAGAUAUACUUUCUCUCCACUUCAGUUAGAUGUGUUGGGCCUGAACGAAAGGGCUACCAAGUCACAUGGGGACUGGAGCACUGCUUUUUGGACACCCCUGCUUUAGAACAUGAUGAAUAAAAACACGCAACUUAUUUUAUAUUAUUUUGUAACCCUUUCCCCAAUCACUCUUAAUUAUGCAAACCUCCACAGAUUUAAUUAAGGUGAUGUGUUGGUGUUUCACUACCUGAAUGUACAAGCUGGCAAGUUUUCUUCCUUACAAUAUCACAUCAUAUGCUUCAUUUUUAGAAGGUAUUUCUUGCUUUGGUCUAGGAUGUCAUUUUUUUUGUGUGUAAGUACCCUGACUGUUUUUAAUUGUAAAUCAUAAAUAUUUACUGUACAACUACAAUACCCACAGCAUGUACCAGUCUUUAUGGUGGCUAUUUUAAUAAGCUAUGCUUUAUCUUGUGUGCAUUAAUGCCAUCAUAUAUGUUGAUGUAUAGAUUGGAGCUAAGCAGGCCUUCAAGUGCAAUGCCAUUAAUUUUUCUAGUAUCAGAAAAACAGCCUGAGAGACUCAAUACGAAAGUGGAUUUUAGCUUUUUUUGUAACACUUCAAAAUGUGAAAUUCAGCUCCUCUGUGAGGCAGAGACUUUGUGGAGGAAACAAUAGGCAGAAUUUCUGUAUUCAUUGUUAAAAUGCAAAAAAUAUUUAGCCCUCACAUUAAAGCACUGAGCCCCUUCGUCCUAUUAAACAAAAUUCGAAGAAUAUAAAAGUGCUGUUCAUGAAGUCUGCCUCUUGCGUUAUUUGGUCCCAAAACCAGGCUCAUUAAGGUACAGUUGGAUUAAAUGAAUCAGUGGCAAAUGCUAUUUGUUUUGCAUAUGACCACAUAAAUUAUACUGUACUGUUACACACUGUAUACUACCAUUAACUUAGUGGCUUCAUGCACCACCAUGCUGAUGGAUUACAUGCAGUACAUUCAGGAGCUCAUUAAGAAAAGUUGUUAUAUUUAGUGUCCUGAAUUUACAUAUUUUGGAGCAACAAGAGUCACACUAAGUUUUCGGUUUCUGUGUGAAGAAAUGUAGGUGUUAAACCUGUUCGUAUGUCAUUCUGAUGACACAUCUUGGGUCAGCUCAGGAAGUGGCUUUAGGUUAACUUUUAAGUUAAUUGCCUGGAAUAUUUUAAUGUUUUUAAAACUGUUCUUAAUUCUGCUCCCACUGAAAGGAUUUAAGUGCAGCAGGAAGGAAAAUUAAAAGUAAAUAAAUUGAUUUUGGUUUGAUUUUGCAAGGUG